CUAGACGAACUUUGUCCUGGGAGGGGCUGACUGGAGGGAGGUGGGUGGUAGAGGCGGCCUAGCCGAGAGAGGUUGGGAGCUGAGGCCCCACUCCGUGCUGGCCCACUCCCUAGCCUGCUGGCCUCUCCGGUACUCCCUUGUCUCUGUACAUCAUGGCCCGCCGCUGCGCUGCGCUGGCUGGACGCUGGCUGAGCAGUCCAGACGGGGCCCAGUCCCUUUUUCCAGGGAUCCCCAAGGGCAGCCGCAGCUGCUCCUCGCAUCCCUCCUCCCCACAGACUACCCAGGAAGGUGGCAGCCCCAGCAGCGCAGACCCGCUGAGCUACACGGAGGAGCACCGGGCCCUGCGGGCUUCCCUGAGGAAGAUUAUUGAUAAGGAGAUUAACCCAUUUGUGGACAAAUGGGAAGAGGAUCGAUGCUUCCCAGCCCAUCACAUAUUCAAGAUUCUAGGGCAAGCUGGCUUCCUGGGUGUGAACAAAGCUAAGAAGUAUGGAGGCCAGAACUUGGAGUUAUCUCAUCAAAUUGCAGUGGUCGAAGAACUGGGGAAUAUCAGUGCAAUGGGCAUUGCCAUGGCCAUCAUCUUGCAGACUGACAUGGCCACCCCUGCCCUUGAAAGGUUUGGGGCCGAAGAGCUAAAGCAGCAAUUCCUGGUUCCAUCCAUUGCUGGAGAUUUUGUGGCCUGCCUUGGAGUCAGUGAGCCCGGAGCAGGUUCUGAUGUUGCAAGUAUCAAGACAAAGGCUGUGCUCAAAGGGGAUGAUUAUAUCAUCAAUGGUAGCAAGAUGUGGACAACAUCUGGGAGCCAAGCUGACUGGAUGUGUCUGCUGGCCAACACCAGCACAGGACCACCCCACCUCAACAAGUCCCUCUUUUGUCUGCCCAUGAACCUGGCUGGCAUUCACGUCUCCAAGAACAUAGAAAAGUUGGGCAUGUGGGCAUCAGACACAGUGCAGGUCUUUUUCGAGGAUGUCCGAGUGCCCAGACGGUUUCUCAUUGGGGAGGAAGGCCGGGGCUUCCAGUACCAGAUGCUCCAGUUCCAAGAGGAGAGGAUGUCUAGCACAGCCCUGGUGCUGAGCCCAUUGACCAACAUCAUCCACCAGACCAUAGAGUAUGCCCGGAAUCGCAUCGUCUUCAACAAGCCCCUGCUGGACAGCCAGGUCGUGCACUUCCGUCUGGCAGAGCUGUCCACAGAACUGGAGCUGCUUCGGUCACUGUUGUACCGGACUGUAGCCCAGUACACGCAAGGCCUUGAUGCAACCAAGCUGGUGUCAAUGAGUAAGUUAAAGGCAGGUCGUCUUUCUCAUGAGGUGACUGACAGCUGUCUCCAGUACUGGGGGGCCAUGGGAUACACUCACAAAGCCUUGGUCAGCAGACUCUUCAGAGACCUGCGACUAGUAUCCAUAGGGGCAGGUGCAGAUGAAGUCAUGCUUUCUGUCAUAUGCAAGUACAUGGACAUACUUCCAACGACCAAAUCAAUGAAAUGAUCCAAAUGGAAACUUCUCAGGAGGCCGGCCAGGCUGCCCCAGGCACUACACAGACCCCUCUGAGCAGACCGUGAAUGUUUCCAGGGAAAGUGCCAAACAUCACCUUCCCGCUUGCUGGUCGAACAAAUGUCCUGUAUGUUGAUUGAAUAAAUUACAUGACUGAA